AUGGUGAGCCCUCUUCGGUUGAUAAUCGGUUUACAUUUGAAUCUCCUUAUUUGGAUAAUGCUUGCUCUGAACGUAUUUGUGCUUGUGUGUAUCAAAAAAGGUAGACUUUGCUCUGGUAGAGAUAAUGCUGUUUACUUACUUUCUACUUUCAACAUAGUUUGUGAUUCCGCACAGCUUCUUGUACAUGCAUUUUAUAUUGGACCAUCGAUCUUGACGGGGAAGUGGUUUUUCGAUGGACAAGAGUCAUUAGGAGUUACUAUUGUAGCGGUACUUUUCCUCGGAUUUUGGAUACUUGCAUCAUUAAUCCAAGUGCUGUUCUCAACAAAUAGAACCAUUCCUGACCAGCGAUGGUUUGGAUAUUCUAUCUUGCAAAAGGACAAUUUGGAAAAUGAUUCUUACUGGUUCGGUCUUUUUCUGGAUGCUGGAGUGACGGUGUACAGUGGGAUCUCCUACAUAGCAUUGAUGUUUUAUGUCGUCAAACUCGGCGGAUCUACUAGCAAUGCGCAUAAGCGAGAAAUUAGGUGCAUUUUGCAAUUUUUUCUCAUGUUUGUCACCUAUGGAGUUAUAUGGAUGACGUUCUAUCUAUAUCCAGUUAUAGGAUUUCAAGUCCCCGAAGCUUAUGUCGUAACACCAAUGCUGCUAGUGUUCAACAGCGGCGUAAACUCGCUUAUAUUUCUGGCUUUGAACAAGGACAUAAUCAUAGCAGCUCAUGAAUUGUUGCAUGGAAACUCAGUAUCCAGAAUUACUACCUCGCCACAUAUAAUGCUUAUUCGAAGCGUUACAUGA